CACCACCGCAAUGAAGACAUCCUUCCUCACCACCGCUCUCCAGGGCGCACUCGUCACCGCACUCCCAACCACACUCCUCACCAUUCCCACCAUCCUCGAGCCCAUCGAGAUCCGCGCCCCCGCUCUUCUCGAAGUUCGUGCAGAUGGCCGCGCAGCCACUAUCUACAAGUCGGCCAACCUCAGCGGCGAGUCUACUUUCAUCCCCGCGAACAACUAUUGCACGAAUAUUGACAAUAUUUUUGGUGGGUUUGAUGGCAAGAUCAAGAGCUUGGGCGUCGAGAAGGGGAGCAAGUGUGAUUUUUAUCAGGAAUCUGGCUGUGGUCUCAAUGAUCUUAAUGGGGGCGGCGUGGUGUUGGAAGUCGGGUUCAGGAACAAGAAGGAUGAGCGACGGCAGUUGGGGAGUUGGGAGGGGAGGAUUAAGAGUGUAUACUGUCAGCGUCUUUGA